AUGAAUAACAGAUUGAGAAACUUUGUGGUGAAUGAGCUUCUUCUCAGUAGCAGUAGCAGUGAAGAUGAAGAUGAAAAUUUGGAUAUUAGAGGACCUUUGGUUCUCAGACCAAGGAUGAGAAAUUUUGUACAGGAUGUAGUGGACGAAUAUUCGAAUGAAGAAUUUCGAGAACAUUUUCGGAUGUACAGGGGCACAUUCAAUUUCAUUCUAAAUUUGAUUGAAAACGAAAUUGCAACAGAGGAAGAUGCCACUGGCAGGCACACCUGUAGUGCUAAAAACCAAUUACUGAUUGCAAUUUGGCGAUUUGGUACUCCUGAUUCUUAUAGGUCAAUUUGCUCACGUUUCAAUGUUGGUAAAGCUACAGCAAUUAGAAUAGUUCGUAGAGUUACCAAUGCUUUGUUAAACAUUAGUAACCAAAUCAUUACCUGGCCAACAAAUGAUGAAAGAGAAAACAUUAUAAGAGCUUUCACUGCCUUGGGUUUCCCUGGAACUGUGGGAUGUAUAGAUGGAUCCUAUGUGAAAAUAUCAGAACCAAAACAAAACCCCAGGUCCUAUAUUAAUAGGAAAGGAUUUGCAGCCCUUAUAUUGCAAGGUGUUUGUGAUCAUCAGUUAAAAUUCUUACAUGCCACUGCAGGAGAAGUAGGGUCAUGCCAUGAUGCGAGAGUUUUGAGGAAUAGUGAGAUAUGGCAAUAUAUGAUUGGUAUGCCAGGAAAUAACAGAUUCCCAGAAAACUCACAUUUAGUGGGAGAUAAAGCCUAUCCUCUAAUGCCUCACCUCAUGACUCCAUACAGGGAUAACGGCCAUUUAACAGAAGCCCAAAGGCAUUACAAUUUUUGUUUAUCUAGUGUAAGAAGUUGCAUUGAGAGGGCUUUUUGUCUCUUGAAAAAGAGAUUUCGCUGUCUGAAGUUUCUGGAUGUGAAAGAUAUUGUUUGGGGUACCAGAUACAUUAUUGCUUGUACAGUUUUGCAUAAUAUAUGUAUUAUGCAGAAUGAUAAUUUGGAGCUUCGAGUGGAGGAUUUUGAAGAGAAUGAAGAUGACAAUGCAGUUGUGGAUAUGGGAUUACAUCAUCUGAGAAUUAUGGGAAGGAACAAGAGAGAUGAUUUAUGCAAUGAAUUGUUCUUGGUAUAA